GUCCUAUUUCUUGAAUCCAAAGAGUCCAAGAAGCUUUUUUAUGUUUUGUUUUUUUGUUUGUUUUUUCAAAAAUCCAGAUAAAGUAUUGAUAAUGCUGCAUGGUGUCGCAUUUAUAUAAAAUGAAAUACAAAAUUCAAACACCUCCCCACCCCAAUAAAUUUCAUACAGUCCCUAAUCUAGUUGCGUCAGAGACACUCCCACCUCCCUCCGCGAGCAAAGAGCGUUGCAUGCACAAGUGACACAGCAGGAGACCCAGCUCGGUCCUCUAGUCACACAUCUUUCUCAAAACAAGAUGAAGCCGUUAUUUUUGCUGCUGCUCCUCUGUCACAUUUCAUCUCCAGUGAAACACACCCUGAAGUUUUUCUUCACUGCAUCUUCUGGAGUCCCAAACGUCCCAGAGCUUGUGUCUGCUGCAGUGGUUGAUGAACAUCUGGCAGCUUACUGUGACACGAACAAAAAGAUAGUCGAACCAAAACAGGAUUGGAUGAAAAAAUUAUUAGAAAACAAUCCUCGGCACCUGGAAUGGUACACUCAAGAGUGUUUUAAGAUUCAGCCUAAUCAGUUCAAAGCCAAGAUGGAGAGCUUGAAGCAGCGCUUCAACCACAGUGGAGGUGACCACAUUUUACAGAGGAUGUAUGGCUGUGAGUGGGACGAUGAGACUGGAGAGGAAAAUGCUUUUAAUCAAUACGGUUACAAUGGAGAAGACUACAUAUCAUUGGAUGUAAACACAUACACAUGGAUUGCUCCGAAACCACAGGCUGUUGUCACCAAACUGAGAUGGGAUGCUGAGAAAGCUAGGACAAAAUGCAAUCAGAUGUACCUUACGCAGAUUUGUCCUGAGUUCCUCAAGAUGUAUGUGGCCUUUGCCAAGAGCUUUCUGCUGAGAACAGAGCUUCCCUCAGUGUCUCUCCUCCAGAAGUCUCCCUCCUCUCCAGUCAGCUGCCACGCUACAGGUUUCUACCCUGACAGAGCCAUGAUGUUCUGGAGGAAAGAUGGAGAGGAGAUUCAUGACGACGUGAACAUCAGAAAGAUCCUCCCCAACAACGAUGGAUCCUUCCAGAUGAGUGAUGACAUGAACCUUUCAUCAGUCACACCUGAAGACUGGAGGAGGUACGACUGUGUGUUUCAUCUCUCUGGUGUGAAGGACAACAUCGUCACCAAAUUGGACAAAGCAGUGAUCAGGACCAACUGGGAGAAGCCCAGUGACAUGAACAUCCCCAUCACUGCUGCAGUGGUUGUUCUUGCUCUCAUCCUCAUCGCUGCCACUGGAUUCACUGUUUACAAAUGGAAGAAAGCAAAAAGUCCUCCAUCUCCUCCUGACAGCAGCUCUGACCUCACUGAGAAACUCGAUCCAAGUUCGGUUGAUGAACACAGAAAAAAAAAACAAAUACUCAUCUCAUUAAACCAGGAAACAUCAUUGGACUAUACAAAAAGUUCACACCAGCUGACUGCACUUAGCUCUCUAGCUCAACUUCUUUUUCAAACCAGGAUGAAGUCAUUUUUGUUGCUCCUAUUCUGUCAUUUUUCAUCUCCAGUGAAGCACUCUAUGAAGGUUUUCUUCACUGCAUCCUCUGGAGUCCAAGAGUCACACAACUUCCCAGAGGUUGUGGCUGUUAUGCUGAUUGAUGGCGUCGUGGUGGGUUACUGUGACAGCAGAAUCAAGACAGCAUUACCCAAACAGGACUGGAUGGAAAAAUUAAGAGACGGGGAUCCUAAGUUCUGGAAGUUUUACACAGGGGAGUGUACGGUGCACCAGCAGGUCUUCAGAGAUGAUUUUCUCAGUUUGAAGAAACACUUAAACCACACCGGAAGUAUCCACAUUUUACAGAAAAUGUUUGGCUGUGAACAGGAUGAGGAGACUGGAAAUAUCAGCGGUUUUCAUCAAUAUGGUUACAAUGGAGAGGACUUCCUUAUAUUUCAUCUGGAAACACAAACAUGGAUUGCCCCAACACCUCAGUCUGUCAUGACCAAACACAUGUGGGACAGAGACAGAGCCAGAAAUGACUUUUGGAAGAUCGUUUUACACCAUGCUUGUAUUGAUUGCCUGAACAAGCUUUUGGACUAUGGGAGGAGCUCUGUGAUGAGAACAGACCUUCCCUCAGUGUCUCUCCUCCAGAAGUCUCCCUCCUCUCCAGUCAGCUGCCACGCUACAGGUUUCUACCCUGACAGCGCCAUGAUGUUCUGGAGGAAAGAUGGAGAGGAGAUUCAUGAGAACGUGGACCACGGAGAGAUCCUCCCCAACCACGAUGGAUCCUUCCAGAUGAGCAGUGACCUGAACCUUUCAUCAGUCCCACCUGAAGACUGGAGGAGGUACGACUGUGUGUUUCAUCUCUCUGGUGUGAAGGACGACAUCGUCACCAAACUGGGCAGAGCAGUUAUCAGGACCAACAGGGAGAAGGCUUCUGACAUGACCAUUCCCAUCACUGCUGCAGUGACUGUUCUUGCUGUCAUCCUCAUGGCUGCCACUGGAGUCAUUGUUUACAGAAAGAGGAGAGCUGAAUGCCCCCCAUGUCCUCAUGAUGAGAGCUCUGAGCUCUCUGAGAAACUCAAUCCAGAAACAUGAUUUGCAGACACAUCAGGGACACUGUGAAUUACUUCAAAUGGGACGCAGAUCAGCUGUGACUCCAGUGAAGCAACACCUGAAAUUAUAAGAUUCCGACAACAAACCUUUAUUUUAAAACCCCUGAAAACUUGCUUUUAAAUCUUGAGUAUCAUAUUGUCUUAAUAUGAGUUUUUCCCCGAGAAAUACACCAGAAAAAGUGGGGCUGUUAUUAUUCAGGGUCUAGACUAGACUUGUAAAUGUCAGUAUACAUUCACAACAAUAGGUGGCGCCAAAUAUCCGUAAAACAAGUGUUUCCUUUCUGACUAAAGCUAGCCACCAACCCUCACAGUCAGCUCACAGUGCCAGGUGCCUGAAAGACGGAGAGACUCAGUGCCAUCUCACACAAAGUGGCUCAAAAGUUGCCAAGUUGACCAACACCUGGGUAGGAGUCAUGAUGGCAAAAAUAAAAUCAUGUGAGUCAUCAAACAACUCUCAAGCUGCAAAGAAAUACAGUGUCACAGAAUGAAAUGUUCAUAUGGUGAGGCCAAAAAGACAAACAGUUUACCUACAGGUUGACGGACUACCUUAUGUUAUGAAGUGUGUUUUUAUUAGUAUUGGUCUUCAGAAAAUCUUUUCUAAAGUUGAGUCUUGAAAAAGUGGGGGUCAUCUUACAAUCAGGAUUGUCUUAUAUUCAGAUAAGUAUGGUACUGCUUAUUACGCCAGGAUGGCUAAAAAUAACAUCAACAUCUCUAAUAUUAUUUAUUUGGAGUUGAUGACUUUAAAAGUAGUUCAUCUGUUUUGUCAGGAUUUUGUUGGUGUGGUGUCAUCAGAUUGGACAGAUGUUGCUGAAUCCUGAUUGGUGUAAGGAAACAUGUAACACCACCUUUUACCUUUUGAGCUCUGCCUACUUAC